AUGUUCUCCGCAAUCCCCAUUUCAAUAUGCCAACCAUCUCCAACUCAAGUUCGAGACCUUGAUGGGAACUUGGUGCGUUCUGGUACAAAGUACUACAUCUUGCCUGUGAUCCGAGGAAUGGGUGGCGGUGUUACACUUGCCUCCACGAGAAAUGAGUCAUGCCCACUUGACAUUGUCCAAGCCAAUCAAGAAGUAGAUAAUGGCAUGCCACUGACAUUUACACCGGUAAACCCUAAGAAAGGUUUCAUCUGGGAAUCAACAGAUCUCAACAUUAUAUUCUCGAGUGCAUCUACCUGCCUUCAGUCGAAUGUUUGGAUGCUCGAGGAGUACGAUGGACAACUUAUCACAACUGGUCAUGGAGUAGCAGGAAACCCUAGUCAGGAAACCAUCAAUAACUAG